CGCGGAAGUAAAAAGAAGUGAUUUAGCUUUGCGGCUAUAGGUAGCAGUUGGUCAACGACGUUACAGUAGUGGAGUUAAAAAACAAAACAACAAAAACAUAAUUGUCUUUUACAAUGCAGUGGUUUGAGGGAUCCAUUCCUGCUGCUAUUACUUCAGCGAAACAGCGGAACGUCGUCUUUGUCGUUGUUAUAACAGGUGACGAUGAACAGUCUUCACAGUUGCUGUCCAGCUGGGAUGAUGUCGAAGUGUCUGAAGCAGCACAGAACUCUUGUGUGGCGAUCAAAGUUGAUGCCAACAGUGAGACAUGCGUGCAGUUUUCGCAAAUCUAUCCAGUGAUGUGCAUACCAUCCAGUUUCUUUAUUGGACAUAAUGGUAUUCCUCUUGAGGUUAUUGCUGGCAGUGUGUCUACUGAGGAACUAAUGAAAAGGAUUAAUGGAGUCAAACAGAUGCAUGCUAAGCAGAUACAUGGAGGGAUUCCAUUACCUGAGACAGCAACGCUGAUGGACACCAGUCCAUGUGACAGCACGACCACAGACACCAGCUCAAGUCAAGCUUUACCCCCGACAUCUGCAGCCAAGCAAACCAGAACUCAGAUAGCAGCUGCAGAAGCUGUUGCAGCGGCUGCUGCAGCAUCAGCCAACAUGCAUGGUGUCACAUUGCGUCCUAGAGAGGGUAUAAAUGCAUCUUCUAGUUACGGUGCUCAAUGUUCUAAGAGUGAAGAGAACCUGGAUGCAAAGGUGGAAAGAUUAACCAAGAAACUGGAGGAAAGGCGAGAGCAAAGGAAGAAAGGAGAAGAGGAGAGUGAGCUCAGGAAGGAAAUUGAGCGACGGAAGCUGGGGAAGGAUAUGCUGGAUUUCAAGAGGAAACAGGAAGAGGAGAAAAACAGGCGACUCCUGGAAGAGAGGAACCGUGAGAAGGCUGAAGAAAAAGCCGCAAGAGAGCGUGUCAAACAGCAGAUAGCCUUGGACCGGGCUGAGAGAGCAGCCCGCUAUGCCCAAAAGCAGGAGGAGGACAAGGCUUCCAAGCAGGCAGCCCUGCAGGCCAGACAGUUGGAGCAAGAAGCUAAGAAGGAGGCUGUACUCAGAGAGAGGAGUGUCACGACAAGGAUACAGUUUCGCCUUCCAGACGGCUCCUCUUUCACGAACCAGUUCCCUUCACAGAGUCGGCUGGAGGAAGCUCGACAGUUUGCUGUUCAGAAACUGGAAAACCGCUAUGGAAACUUUUCCCUUGCAACCGUGUUCCCUCGGAGGGAGUUUGUCAAUGAAGACUUUAGUAAGACUCUGCUGGAGCUGGAACUAACACCAAGUGCUUCCAUCAUUGUUCUGCCUCAGUCAGGCAAAGCUGCCAACUCAGUCGUCCAGUCUUCGGGGGGGGGAAUCUGGGCAGUCCUGAGCACUAUCCUCUAUCCUCUGUUGGCUGUCUCGAGAUUCCUCAGCACCUUCUUGUUUGCAACCCCCCCUCCUCCAGCAGCACCCAGAGGAAACACCCACCAAUCAGAAUCCUACACCAACUUAACACCAAACUCCUCAGACAAGUCAAAGAGGAAAACUCUGGAGAAACAGCCGAAGAACUUUAAACAAGAUGGCAAAAUCUGCAGGCUUCGGACUCAGGACGACAGUGAAGAUGACAACAACACUUGGAAUGGAAACUCCACUCAGCAGAUGUAGUCCGUCCCCCCCCCCCCCCGGCUGUUUCCAGUGGCUAUAAAAGUUAUCUUGUGAAAAAAAAAAUCAGGUUUAUGUUGCAGAUAGGGCUGAUUAUUUUCUUUUGUUAGGUGUGUUAUAGGCCUUUGCCCUGUGCCCUUGCCUUGUGGGUAGGUGGGUCACUGCAUGCCAACUUAAAUUUUAGGAACCUCCCCACAUCACCUCCUUA